GAUUUCUGAGAAACCGUUGGCAGCGCCACGCCGACCGGAGCCAGAGAGAGAGAAAGAGUGGGGGGGGGUAUAUACAAGCAGGAAAUGGCAGAGCUUUGGAGGAACCCGGUUUUUGAAGCCAGGAAAAGGCAAGAAGAAACGACACAGGACUCCAUCUUUGUCUACACGAACAGCAACAACACAAAAGGUCCCUUCGAGGGUCCGAACUACCACAUCGCCCCCCGCUGGAUUUACAACCUCGCCUCUCUGUGGAUGAUCUUCGUGUUCUUCGCCUCGCUCUUCACCAACGGCUUGGUUCUGGUGGCCACUUACAAGUUCAAGAAGCUCCGACACCCUCUCAACUGGAUCCUGGUGAACCUGGCCAUCGCCGACCUGGGGGAGACCUUGCUGGCCAGCAGCAUCAGCGUCUGCAACCAGAUCUUCGGAUACUUCAUCCUGGGACACCCCCUGUGCAUCUUCGAGGGCUACGUCGUCGCCACCUGCGGCAUCGCCGGGCUCUGGUCUCUCACCGUGAUUUCCUGGGAGAGAUGGGUGGUGGUCUGCAAGCCCUUUGGCAACGUCAAGUUCGACGCCAAGUGGGCCAUCAGUGGCAUCGUCUUCUCGUGGGUGUGGGCGGCGGGCUGGUGCUCCCCCCCAAUAUUCGGCUGGAGCAGGUACUGGCCCCACGGUUUGAAGACAUCAUGUGGCCCCGAUGUUUUCAGUGGUAGUGAGGUCCCUGGAGUCCAGUCCUUCAUGAUAACGCUCAUGAUAACCUGCUGUAUCAUCCCCUUGGCCAUCAUCAUCCUGUGUUACAUCGCCGUGUGGCUGGCCAUCCACGCGGUCGCCCAGCAACAGAAGGAAUCCGAGUCGACGCAGAAAGCCGAGAGGGAAGUGUCCCGGAUGGUGGUGGUGAUGAUCAUCGCUUAUUGCUUUUGCUGGGGCCCCUACACCUUCUUCGUCUGCUUCGGCGCGGCUAACCCUGGCUACGCUUUCCAUCCCCUGGCGGCCGCGAUGCCCGCUUACUUCGCUAAGAGCGCCACCAUCUACAACCCGAUCAUCUACGUGUUCAUGAACAGACAGUUCCGUAACUGCAUAAUGGAGAUGUUCGGAAAGAAAGUCGACGACGGAUCAGAAGUGUCUUCGACUUCCAAGACAGAAGUGUCUUCCGUUUCAAGUUCCUCUGUGGCGCCUGCAUAACCUCACACCUCCCCACCGCCGCCCCGCCCCAAACACACACGCACACGCACACGCACACGCACACGCACCGGUAGAAACUCUGACGAACAAAAACAGUGUCAGCUAUGGAAAUGCAUUUGUAACUAAAUUUUGUACUUCGCUACAGAACUUUACAAAAAAAAAAAAAAAAAACAACAACAACAGCAAAAACAAGUUUAACAGACAUAACUAGUUAAUAAAUCUCAAUAAAUAAAUAAAUACACGCUUUUUUCCCCCCUCCUCUACCCCUGUAUAAAAUGGGGACGCGAGGUAUUGCUAGGCAACCCUUUAAAAAAAAAACAAAAAAACGACAGGUGUAGUUUCAUAAAAUAAUGAUAUAUUCUGUAUUUAUAUUUUUAAAAAGACGUAUUUAUUACUGAGUGGUGCGGCGGGUACCCUAAGAUAAUACAAUAUGUUUGUUACCCACGCCCUCUCACUCCAUCUCGGCGAUAUUCUCUCUUUCCUUCACACUCGAAGAUAAGUGAAUCGCUUUUUCGGAUGGAAAUCAUGUUUAAGUUUUUGUAAUAACUGCAACCGUAAUAUAGCAGCGGUAAAGAUGAAAUAUACGAACCCUAUACUACUAAUAAUGUGUGUUUGUUUUUUGUUUGAAUGAGUGAAUGUCGUUUGGAGAGUUUAUCAACAACAAACCGCUAAAUUUAAGCUGAAUUGUAACGACACCGAUGUGACAGGGACCUGAUUUUGUCAAAAAAAGUUGUUUUUUUUUGGUUAGACAAGAAUACCUCGUUUUUUGACCGUGUAAUGACAGGUCCACGCACUGCAACGUGUAAAAUUCAACAGUGUUGCUGUUCCUGUGAACCUCCACCUGCUGAAAGCUGGACCGACACCACCCUGAAUCUCAACCAAUCAGAGUGACGGCAGACAAUUAAAAAACACCGACGAACACCCCACUGUAAAGUGUUCUGGAGUUCAGUCAAAAAAAAUAAAGAAAAAAAGAAACCGAGACGUUUAAUAUCAAAAUCAAUGUUAUUUACGGAAAAAUAAACGGUCCCAUCUAUGAUAAACGGGACCAAGGAGGUGCAGCGAUGCCAAAAAAAAUAAAAAAUAAAUAAAUAAAUAAAACAACAUGACAACAGUCGUUUCGGUUACUCACAAGCAAAUCGUUCCCUUUCAAAACAAUAUUUUUCUUUUCCCUUUUUUUAAUUUUUCAUCUUCGUCGUUACCAACUUUAAAUACCCGCGCGGCAAAAUAACCGUUUCGGCGGGAGUCUCCCGUUUAAAUCAACGCGCUGCGUCACGUGAACACCAACUGACAAUAAUUUGAAUUCAGCGACUGCUGAACAAUUUAAUUAAAUGUAAUUAAUUAAUUAAAUAAAUAAAUAAAUAAAUAAAUAAAUAAAAAUGGCUUCGGCAGAAUUUCACAAUACAACAUAAUUAUUGUAUUUCUUUCCAGAUGACCUCAAGGAGCCCGCCGUUAAUGUCUCUCUGUGGGAAGUUGAAAAAUGUUACCUGUCCCGAUAACGAUCUACUUUUUAAAGGCUUUAAAGAAAAUUGUAUACAUUUAUCGUUCAGUUUUUUUUUUUUUUCUUUCUCUAAUAAAGUUAAAAUUAGGUCAAAUAUCUCCUGCUUGUGUUUGAAAUGGUCUGAACUCGCUGAGGUACCAGGGUCAGCAAUGAAGGCUUAGCUUUAAUUGAAGAAACUUUAAAAGAAACCAAAACAAUGCAAUAAAAUAAUUAAUAAAUAAAUAAAUAAAUAAAAAACAUAAUGUAUUUUAUAUUAUUCAAGACUUCAAGGAAAACACACAUUUCUGAAUUGUCGACAGUAUCUCUCUCCCACAAACAAAAUGUACAAAGUGUUGAUAAGUUGAUGUGUUUUAUUAAUAGUAUUUUAUUAAUAGUGUUAUUAUUAUUAUUAUUAUUAUUAUUAUUAUUAUUACUAUUAAUAAUAAUAGUGUUGUUUAUUAUAAUAACAAAGCCUUUUGUUCUAGAAUGCAAACAAAAAAAUAUCCCCCCCCCCCAAAAAAAAAACGAUGUAGAAGCAGCUUUAUGGUUAUUUGAUUUUUUUUCAGAUGAAAAUAAAAUAUGCAGCAAAUUAAAAAAAAUAAA